UAGGAAGCUCCGCGCGGUGGCCGCGGCAGCGACUUGGAGGGUGGGAGGGGACAGACCGACUGGCGGGCGGGGGCGCUGGGACGCGGCUGGGGCUCCCGCCCGAGGUUCCUGGGAGUAUUUCGGCAGCGCAACCCCGCGCCAGGAGCGAGCGAACCCAGGGAGCCAACGAGCGCGGACCGGGCAGCGGCGGAGGGGGUCGGAGUCCGGGUCUCCGCGGCUCGGGACCCCGGCUCCGGCGGGGGCGGCGAUGUUCCACUGCAUCCCCCUGUGGCGGUGCAACCGUCAUGUGGAGACCAUCGACAAGCGCCACUGCUCGCUGGUCUACGUCCCUGAGGAGAUCUACCGCUACGCCCGCAGCCUGGAGGAGCUGCUGCUAGACGCCAACCAGCUCCGCGAGUUGCCCGAGCAAUUUUUCCAGCUAGUCAAAUUACGAAAGCUUGGGCUUAGUGAUAAUGAAAUUCAGCGGCUCCCUCCAGAAAUAGCAAACUUCAUGCAGUUGGUGGAACUUGAUGUGUCUCGAAAUGAUAUUCCAGAAAUUCCAGAAAGCAUCUCAUUCUGUAAAGCACUACAGAUAGCUGACUUCAGCGGAAACCCACUGACUAGGUUGCCAGAAAGCUUUCCUGAAUUACAGAAUUUAACAUGCCUUUCUGUAAAUGACAUCUCUCUUCAGUCCCUGCCUGAAAAUAUUGGCAAUCUUUAUAACCUGGCUUCACUGGAACUGAGAGAGAAUCUUCUUACGUAUCUUCCUGACUCUCUUACACAACUACGGAGACUAGAAGAACUUGACUUAGGAAACAAUGAAAUAUAUAAUUUGCCAGAAUCAAUCGGAGCUCUCUUACACCUCAAGGAUCUCUGGCUGGACGGAAAUCAACUGUCAGAAUUACCUCAGGAAAUAGGAAAUCUGAAGAAUCUGCUAUGCUUGGAUGUCUCUGAAAACAGGUUGGAAAGACUUCCUGAAGAAAUCAAUGGCCUGACUUCAUUAACAGAUUUAGUCAUUUCCCAAAACUUAUUAGAAACAAUUCCAGAUGGCAUUGGAAAACUGAAGAAACUGUCAAUAUUGAAGGUGGAUCAGAAUAGACUCACACAGUUGCCUGAAGCAGUUGGGGAUUGUGAAAGCCUCACUGAAUUAGUUCUUACAGAAAACCGGCUCCUGACCUUGCCUAAGAGCAUCGGAAAACUUAAGAAGUUGAGCAACUUGAAUGCAGACAGAAAUAAAUUAGUGUCUUUACCAAAAGAGAUUGGCGGGUGCAGCAACCUCACUGUGUUCUGUGUGCGUGACAAUAGAUUAACUCGGAUACCUGCAGAAGUGUCACAGGCGACUGAACUUCACGUCUUGGAUGUGGCAGGAAACAGGUUAUUGCAUCUGCCAUUAUCCCUGACUGCCUUGAAGUUGAAGGCUUUAUGGCUGUCUGACAACCAGUCCCAGCCUCUGCUUACAUUCCAAACAGACACAGACCAUGCCACAGGAGAGAAGAUUUUAACCUGUGUCUUACUUCCUCAGCUGCCUUCUGAACCAAGUUGCCAAGCAGAGAAUCUGCCUCGUUGUGGUGCACUAGAGAGCUUGGUAAAUGAUGUCUCCGAUGAAGCCUGGAAUGAGCGUGCAGUACAUAGAGUCAGUGCAAUCCGUUUUUUGGAAGAUGAAAAAGAUGAAGAGGACAAUGAAACGAGAACACUUCUAAGGCGAGCCACUCCACACCCAGGGGAGUUAAAGAACAUGAAAAAGACAGUGGAGAAUUUACGGAAUGAUAUGAAUGCUGCUAAAGGACUGGAUUCAAACAAAAAUGAGGUCAACCAUGCCAUUGACCGAGUGACCACUUCUGUAUAAAUUUCGCCUCCAAGUUUUACCUCCUGUGUCUUCCCCUGCUGUGGAGAUGUUCCUGUCCACUUCUGAGGAGCCUCAUCAGUCCUUUGUUUUAAUCAGAACCUGGCGAUCAUCUCCCCGUGCCGCUGUCUGCAAGGAAGUGCCUUACUCUAGCUCAUCAACCAGUUGUUGCACCAGUGACCUCCUGGGGUGAUUUUUUUUAAAUUGUCAGUUGUUUGUAAUAAGUAGAAUACACCACUGUAAACACCUGACCUUUGUUUUUGUCUUAUGUUGGGAUAGGAAGAGCAGGAAGGGAAGUUUAUACCCUAUUCACUUCCAUAAAGUGCUGGGACGUUUUAGACCCAAGUUCUCUUGGGCCUACUGAUGAGAGAGAGUUUUAUGUUUGGGGAAAGAAAAAACUGAUACUUUUUAAAACCUUUUCUGGCAGCUCAGAUGGUGUAAAUUUUAAAAUUUUGUAUAGAUGUCUCAUAACAAAAAAAAAUGUAUUUCUUUUUUGUUAUUUUAUCUGGAAAACGGUACAUAUUUUAGUAUUUGUGCAGGAAAAAAAACAGUCCUAAAGUAUUUGCUUUUAUUUGUACCAUCCAUUUGUGCCUUACUGUAUCCUGUUUCAUGUCAAGCCAAUUAUAAACAGUGGCAUCCUUGAGCAGUGAGAUGAGAAUAGGAAUGUGGUACUUUUAAAGCAGUGUUGGAUUUUAAUUAAUAAUCUACCUGUUUUGAACCAAAAGGAAGAAUUACUACCAACUUGUAAAUUAUGUUGGUUGAUUUUUUUUAAAUGAACCAAAGGGUUAAACAUUAAUAUUUCAUUCCUUACACUUUAAUUUUUCAUGUGUAAGUCUCUUACAAUGAGUGCGAUGUGAGACUGCACCCAUUCCAAAGGUAUGUGCCAUUUGUAAAACAAAAUAGAGCAGAAAAGCACAAAAAGUGAAAACUGGUUUAAAGGUUCAAUGGGUAAAUAAAUUAUGUACUGCAGAAGAAAGUAUGAUUUUUAUUGAAGAAAGCUUUAGAAGUUUUAUAUCCAGAUAUAAGACCAUAAUAAAGCAAAGUAACCUACAACCAUAAUAGAAAUGUUGGUGUUUUUAUAAGUGCAAUUUAAUUUGUAAAUAGAGUUUGAAUUGAAAUGUAACAAAAUAUUGUUUCAAGAUUUAAUUUUAAGACUGCUAAUUUAAGGGGGUCUGGGAGUAUGUUUUGGUGUACACGUUGAUUUCUUUUUUUGUAUGAUGUGAUAAAAGAGAAAUGAAAAGGACCAGUCACUACAUGGUGUUUAGGAAAAUCACAUUGCAUUUUUUCUCCAUGAAAUAAACUCAUCCUGGACAUUG